UUUCAAUAUGUUUGAUCAUCCGAUCCCCCGGGUUUUCCAGAACCGCUUCUCGACUCAGUACCGCUGCUUCUCGGUGUCCAUGCUUGCAGGACCUAAUGACAGGUCAGAUGUGGAGAAAGGCGGGAAGAUAAUCAUGCCACCUUCUGCUUUGGAUCAACUCAGCCGACUUAAUAUCACCUAUCCUAUGUUGUUUAAACUGACUAAUAAAAACUCUGACCGAAUGACCCACUGUGGGGUGCUUGAAUUUGUGGCUGAUGAGGGCAUUUGUUACCUUCCACACUGGAUGAUGCAGAACUUGCUACUGGAGGAAGGAGGCCUGGUGCAAGUGGAGAGUGUUAAUCUUCAGGUGGCAACUUACUCAAAAUUUCAGCCGCAGAGUCCCGAUUUCCUUGACAUCACCAACCCUAAAGCCGUAUUGGAAAAUGCUCUGAGGAAUUUCGCUUGCCUGACCACCGGAGAUGUCAUUGCCAUCAACUACAAUGAGAAGAUCUACGAGCUGCGAGUGAUGGAGACCAAACCUGACAAAGCUGUGUCCAUCAUCGAGUGUGACAUGAAUGUAGAUUUUGACGCACCAUUGGGUUACAAGGAACCAGAAAGGCAGGCACACCAUGAAGAAGCCACUGAUGCUGAAGCAGACCACAGCGGUUAUGUGAGUGAGGGAUUCCGUGCCUUUUCAGGAUCUGGGAACAGGCUGGAUGGGAAAAAGAAAGGCGUUGAACCAAGUCCUUCGCCGAUUAAGCCUGGAGAUAUUCGAAGAGGAAUACCCAACUACGAAUUCAAAAUUGGCAAGAUCACAUUCAUAAGAAAUUCGCGGCCACAGGUGAAGAAAAUGGAAGAGGAUGAGCCCGGAAGCCGCUUCAUUGCAUUUUCUGGAGAAGGCCAGUCACUGCGCAAGAAAGGAAGAAAACCCUAAAUCUGAAGCCCUUGGUGGAGAGACAAUAAAAUAACCCUGCAGCACUGUU